AUGGUUAAUAAGAAGGAUAAAAGGCCAAAGAUUGGCCAAGAAUCUUCGAAUCCAUUCGAACUUCUCGAGCGCAAGAAGCACAGUCACAAGGUAUCGAAUAGCAGUGGAAAGAGCCGUUUUUUAAAGAAAUACCAGGAUGAUAGCAACAUAUAUCAAUAUACAAGUAAAAAGAGUCAAAAAUUACAGCUAUACAACUUGAAGGAGCCUAUAAAUCUCACGCAUAAGAAUCAACCUAUUGAAGAACACUACGAAUCUGACUUAGAAGGAUCAUCUGACGGAGAUAUUGACCUCCGCGGUGACUAUACCAAUAUUCCACAAGCUCUAGAGAACUAUAAAAGGGAAAAAGAGAUUACCAAACGUGAUAAACAGGAUCAACAGAACCUUUUAUCUAAGAUUGACUCACAAUUUAAUGAUUUGGAUCUAUCGCAGUUCUAUAAACCAACCAAAGGGUCUCUCGAAUACUACAAAAAUCCUGACGAGAAACCAAAGAAACUGGACAAAUAUGACCUUAAUUUGAGAGACUUGCAGUUUAAUAAGCCCAGUGUUAGUGAAAACCUGGAAUUAACAAAGAAAUUCAAGUCAUCCACAAGCGUUGAUGAACGAUGUGAUAUAGUAAAGAAGAUUGUAACAAGUAAUGAAACAUAUGCUACAUUCUCUGGAGAUUAUGUCAGAGGUACUACAGCCUCUAUAAUAGAUGUUUUGAGAUCGCAAAAUCCAGACAAAUUUUGUCACUACUUUGACGUAUUCAUAAAAGGGUUAAACUAUUUAUAUAGACACAACCCUAAGGAAUACAAGGCAUACUUUACUAAGGAAGUUGAGUGUUUGUUGGAAUCUAUUGAGAAUGGCGUGGGUUACACACUGGAGGCUAUUCUUUUGGUUUAUAUGAUUGCCAAAGUAUGUAAAGUAGAUUCUGAUUAUUAUCAACUUUCAUUACUUGUGGUUGAGGAGUGGCUAAAAUGUUUUGUAAGGGAUACAAAUCACAUUGAGAAGGAUGAUGUUGAAACAUGGACUGUAGUUAAGCUAUUGUUGGCGUUAACCUACAGCCUUGUGCUAGAUGGAGAAUUUUAUAUGCCAUACUUUUACCAUUUUUGUAUGAAAAUAUGUAAAAUUGUGAAUUACAAAGUCGAAUUUGUGCCCCAAGUGUUAACAUUGGUAAAGAUAACGCUAAAUAUGCUCUUGAAGAAUGGUUGUCAUAUAAAUCCUGCCAUUUUACAGAUAUUAAUGCCACAUCUGGACACGAUUUCAGACAAUUACAAGGAUAUUAACGUAAUAAAUGACUACAAUACUGGAUUGAAGAGUUUUAUCCAAGAUAUACUCUCCAAGGAGCCAGAGCGGAGGUCUCUGGAUGUAUACAAUACCCCAAAAAUAAAAUUUGAACUUCCAAAGAUAAAGUUCACUAAGAAGUUUAGCAAAGAUCGGAUAUAUACAAAGAAUCAAGAGAAAUCAGAGUACAAGUCUCUGAAACGCCAAUUAUUACAGAACACAUUUGCUGAGAUUGAACGUAACAGCAAACUUAGACUGGAGAAGCGCCUGAAAUCUCAACAACGUUACAAGGAGGUCGUUAGAAAUGCAAUGCUUGAGCAAGAUAUGCUAAAGAAGUUGGCUACUACAGAAAUGAUUAUAAGCAAGAUACGCUUUUUUGGUACUCUUAGUUUGCACAAAUUCAACAAACUGGCAUCAACUCAACUUAGGAACUUAUAUGAGCACUUGGAAUUACUUGAUGACGUCGAUGCCUUAGAGUUUGAUGGGACUGUUUUGAAUGUUGAAUUAGCAAACCGCAAAAUGAUUGUAGUUAAUAAACAUGAGCCUUCACAACAAAUUUGGUAUUCCUCAUUCACUGGUGUAGAUUAUUUUGACUAUUCUGACAACAAAUGGACAUCUAGUAGGAGUGGCCACACGCUAACGUCUCUUAUAGCCGAUGAUGUAUAUAAAGCCAUUGGCCAAAAUGUAGAUUUUUCAAAAAGUAGUUAG